UUUUUUCGUAACAAUAGUGUUGAAUGAUAUUUUUGUUUACAUUUGAUAAAAAUUGACAAUAUUUAAUAGUAAAGAGGUUAGUUAAUUUAAAAAAUACCUGCAACAAUAACAAAUAAAAAUGAGUCUGUCACCAAAAGAUUUGACAAAAUUAAUGGGGAUUCUGGAUGAGGAAAAUAUUGACACACCGUUGGAUAACCUAAUAAAACAAUUACAUAAAGAAUUCUCAUCACAAGAUAAAUUCAAAGUUGGUUUAACGUUAGUACUUUUAUUGCAACAAUUAGAUUUGUUACCACAUCAGGUUUCACGCUUGAUAGCAAUGUCAAUGCUGUAUCAUUUAUAUCCAGGUGAACAAUUUUCGUCAACUCCAUUUGCGAGUGUUUUCAACCAAAUGCUGAAACCCGGCGACACUUUGAGUACUCAAGACUCUAAAUCAUUAUCCUCUGGACAUAUUCCUGUUUUGUCACAGAGUGAAUCUAAAUUUGUCGCUAGUCUGAUUGCUUUCCACGGUGUAGAAAUGUUGAAGCAAACUCCACGUCAAAUUUUAGAAGAAUUGUACUUUACUCCAAUAUCCGUCGGCGCUGAUCAGCUGACCAAGUUCCAACUAAAACUAGCUGAAAGUCAUGCAGAGUUUCCUAGUAUCAGUAAGUGUGGUAUUCCUAUAAUUCUACCCGACUCGGAUGCUAAUAAAAAAAUAGAUUCAAAGAAGACACUCCAAAAAGAAAUCAUAGAAAAUUUAAUCGAUGGUGAUCCACCGUUGUGCAGUCAAAAUUACCGACCCGAAUUUCUGCGACUCGCUCCGCCGCUUUAUGAUCAUCCCGCUGGUGGAUUAAAGUGGAUGCCCGUUACAGAACUGUCUCAAUUUUCGCCAGAGUACGAUGUCAACAUGUGCGUAUCGAACAGUGCCGGUGCUGAGGCUCGUAGGUUGAUGCGAAAGGCGUUCACCAAAGUCCUGACUCCGCAGCAACAACAACAUCUCAGCACAGAAUUGAAGAAAGAUCCAAAAUUAGUAUAUCACAUUGGUUUAACGCCAAGCAAGUUGCCAGAGUUAGUGGAAAAUAAUCCACUGAUAGCGAUCGAAGUUCUUUUGAAAUUAAUGCAAUCAAGUCAAAUAACAGAAUAUUUUAGUGUUCUAGUUAAUAUGGAAAUGUCAUUACACUCAAUGGAAGUUGUUAAUCGUCUUACGACAACUGUUGACUUACCAACGGAAUUUGUUCAUCUUUAUAUAAGCAAUUGUAUAUCGACUUGUGAAACAAUUAAAGAUCGUUAUAUGCAAAAUCGUCUCGUAAGACUUGUUUGCGUAUUUCUUCAGUCUUUAAUUAGAAAUAAAAUAAUAAAUGUACAAGAAUUAUUUAUUGAAGUGCAAGCUUUCUGUAUUGAGUUUAGUAGGAUUAAAGAAGCAGCGGCUUUAUUCCGGUUACUUAAACAACUUGAGUCUGGAGAUGUCGCCGGUCUUAAUGCUUCAACGACUAAAAAGAACCUUGACGUUUCAUAAUUAACUAUCAACACUUUAUUAAAUUAGAUAACUUUUUGAAAUAAGUAAUUAACCCUGAAACUUUGUAAUUAUUUUUUUUUCUUAUUUUUGUUAAAGCCAACUUAGAAGCUAAUGUCUGAUGAAUCCAAGGAUUGAGAUCUAUAAAUAGAAAUUAUUCAAUAAAAUUGUAUAAAAUUAUUGAGGGUUAAUUUCUAUGAAAUAUUUGUAAGAUAA